UUCUAGCUUUUAAAAAUGUUCCUAACAGUUUCACACUCAUAUUUCUUCUGUUUUUAUCUUUGGCAGUACAUAAAGAUCCCAGCACCGACCACUGAAUCUCCAGAUGGAUUCAGAGUCUUCUCAUUUUACCUUUCCAGUGACAGCAAAGACAAGCCUCAGUCCAGCUUUGACUGCAUUCACCAGUUUAUCUCAGGGGAGGGCAGGGAUCACUUGGAGAGUAAGGGGAGCAUUCAAGACAAGAUCACCGUUUGUGCCACAGACGACUCUUACCAGACCACACGCGAGCGCAUGUCACAGGUGGAGAAGGACAUCUGGAGCCGCACAGCGAUUGAGAUCAAGCCAGGACCAAGUAAGUGUGUGAAGGUGCAAAGGAAACAGGGCCUGGUCUCCAGCUCCGACAGCAGUAAUAAGCACUCCCCCAGCAACAAGAGGCCCCUGCUCCCCAGCCCGGUGGCACAUCGGCCCUUAAGGGAUCGCAUCAUUCAUCUCCUGGCCCUAAAGCCCUACAGGAAGCCUGACAUGCUACUAUGGCUAGAGAGGGAGAGGGCCAGCCCAAAGGACAAGGCUGAUCUGACCUCUGUACUAGAGGAGGUUGGUAAGCUGAAUCCUAAGGAUAGCAGCUACUCUCUGAAGGAUGAGCUUUACAAACUUGUCCAAAGAGACUGGCCUGGAUAUCUGGAAGAGGAAAAGCAACUUAUCCACAGGCUUCUCAUCAGAAAACUUCAGCCACUGCACAACAACCAAUCGAGGAGUCCCCAGUCCAUCCAUUCGUUGCACAAAACUCUUGGGGAUUCUCCCUCACGGCUCAGUCCUGCCAAAAAUCUCUCAGUGAAACGGUCACUGGUUUUGGACGCUUCCAGCAUCCAAACCCCCAAAAAACAAAAGCUGUCGGAACACUGUCUGCCCCUUCAGUCGCCCUCUCAUGCAGACUGUGGCACCAAUGGGGCUCGUAACUCCUCCAGUCACGGAAACUCUUGUGCGGCGACAAAAACAGAGUUUGACAUAACCAAUAAUCAUCUUCAGGGAAACCCAGUCGGUUUGUACUCGCCGCACAAGCUCAGCAUGCCGUGUGCUAUUUCCAAACUAGAGAAGACGGAACCGGCUCCCAUUUUACCCAGUCCUAAGCCUCGACACAAUGGCACCUCUAUAUGCACUAAACAGCAGCUCGCCAAUGGCCAGCACAAAAAGAAAAGGUCCAAGAAACACAAAGACAAGGAGCGAGAUCGCUUAAAGCCAGACUGGAUUGAGACUAGUCCAGACAUGAAGCAGAACCAAGAAAAUGUUAAAGCUACAGACCACGAGCGAGACAAAACACCUGUUAACCGAGCCUCAACUGAAGAACUGCCCGACUAUUUCAUAAAAUACAGCACUGUAACAACACUGGAGCAGCGGCAACUGUACCACGAUGACUUCUGUGCUGAGUACGAUGAAUAUAGAGUUCUUCAUGACAGAAUUGGGGCCAUCACGGAGAUGUUUAUUCAGUUGGGCUCAAAGAUCAACACUCUCACACCGGGUACACAGGAAUACAAGCUCAUGGAGGACCAAAUACUACAAAAAUAUCGAAAAUAUAAGAAAAAGUUCCCUGGAUACCGGGAAGAAAAGAAACGGUGCGAGUACCUCCACAAAAAGCUGUCGCAUAUCAAAUGCCUGAUCGUCGAAUAUGACCGGACACAGGGAUUAGUUUCCUAGUGACUGCACACUACCCACACCGGGUUGCAACAAAAGUGGACCAAAAGACUCCAGGUGGACCCAAAGACUGCCCAGCCAGGUCCCAGAGAUGCUGAGACACUUUAUUUUCCUCCACAGUGUCAAUGUAAUGGAGGGCGUAAGGUGCUCUGUCAAAAGUGGGCCGAGACCGCCUACUCGUGAUCAGAUGUUACCUUUUAAAGCUCUGUUUUUUCAGCUCUAUUUAUGGCUGGAAGAGCUGGUUUCAGUUCUGCUGUAAAACACGACAAGUAAAAAGGAGAGGCCAACAGAUGUGAUCCUUCCUACCUAAUUACAUAAUUUGUAAUUAUAUUUUUAAACUGGUUGAAACUUUAAAGUGUCAAUUUGUAAGUAACUAAGUGAUGGUACAAUCAAACUUAGGGGUAUAAA